AUGGAUGGAGUACCAGCUGCUGCUGCUGCUUUAUUUGACGACAACCAAAAGCAACUCCACUUGACUCCGUUCUUUAAAAGGCAACUGCAUUAUCGUCUAAUGCUAGUACUCCAUUUGGAAGCCAACACAUUUACUACCCAGCCACGCUUCAGUCACAAUUCACAAAUUAUUUAUAUUUCAUCCGCACAAGCUACAAGGCGUACUGGAACAUCUCAACGUGUACCCUGCUACUGCUGUGACACGCGCCCCGCACUUCCGUCCAGUGUAAUCGUGCAUGAUCUCACUCGCACCACCAAGAUGAUGGUACAAAUCGGAGAGACGAAAGGGCUUCUAUAA